AUGCGGAAAGUCACCGAGUCGCGAGGAAACUCUCGGUUCGGGUCUGUCGUGUACAAGACGCAAGAGGGUCUCGAAGCUCCCUUGCUGGGUGAUAAAGCGGCCGCGGGAAGAGGCGACUCGGACUCGGACCUUUUUUAUGGGAAGGAUGUUGAACGCGCCGCGGGCGAGGUUGGCUGCGCGGGAGAAGCGGGGCUCGCGAAGAGAAUAAGAGGCGAGGAGGAGUAUCGGCGGAUCGAACACAGGGGAAAUAGCGGGUUUAUCGACAGCGUAUUUAACGGCAUUAAUGUUCUCGCAGGCAUCGGCAUUCUCUCAACACCUUACGCCACGGCGCAAGCCGGCUGGCUGGGCCUGCUCGUUCUCCUCUUCUUCGCAGCCGCCUGUUGCUACACCGCCAUCCUGCUGCGCCGAUGCAUGGACUUUCAACCACAGCAAUCAUCACCAUCAUCAGCCUCCGCGUUUCCGUCCGAUUCGUCGCUUCGUUCCUUCGCGGACGACCCCGCCGCGCCUCCUCCCGCUUCCCCCGCUCCGCACUCCGCCGCCUCCGCCCGCGCGUCCGCGCGCAUCGUGCGCGCGCCGCGCCCCAUUCGCUCGUAUCCGGACAUCGGGGAGGCGGCGUUCGGGCGCGCGGGGAGAUGGCUGACCGCGUUUCUGCUCUAUUUCGAAUUGUUCGCUGUGACUGUAGAGCUGUUGAUUCUAGAGGGGGACAAUCUCGCGCAUCUGUUCCCGUCCGGCGAUAUUUGUCUGCUUCCGGGGAGCCUGGUUGGGAAGGGGAGCAGUGGAGGGGUGGAGAGUGGUGGAGUGUGGUUCCUGGAAGGAAUAGCACGAGGAGUGGUGGGAGGGGGAGGAGGAGAGGGGCAAAGGGAAGGGUUGUUUGGAGCAGCAGCAGCAUUGUCAUCAGCGGUUGUGAGGGGGAUAGAACCAGCAUUAGAGGCAAUAUCGUUAGCUACAGGAGCAGGCAACCUAUGCCUAGAACCGAAGCAGUUCUACGUCAUUCUAUCCGCGUUAUUAGUCCUCCCCACCGUCUGGCUAAGAGACCUGACUCAUGGGUGGGCCGUGGAGGGAAGGGGGGAGGUUAGGGUGGGGGGAGGUGGUGGGGGUGAUGGGGUUGUUCCUGGUUGGCCUGCUGGCUGCUGCUUCUGGGACGUUCUAUGCUAUCAGAGGAAUUACGGACGAGUGGUGAUGGAUGAAUGUCAGGGUCUUGGGUACAAGCUGGGAUGGAGGGAGGUGGUGGGGGUGAUGGGGCUGUUCUUGGUUGGUCUGCUGGCUGCUGCCUCUGGUCCCCCGGCAGACGAAAAACCUCCCCGACACUUGCACCCGGACUUGACCCCUGGACUGGACUCUGCUCCGGCCAAACCUGCUGGGCCCAGGCUGGGCGGCAGAGAGCCCUGA